AUGAGCGACAAUCUGAUGGAGAAAGUGAACGCCCUCGGCGAGCGCCUCAAGAUCACCGGGUCGGAGGUGGGCAAGCAGAUGCAGGCCGGCAUGAGCUCCAUGAGCUUCAAGAUGAAGGAGCUCUUCCAGGCGCAGACCCCGGCCGACAAGAUCGUCGAGGACGCCACCGCCGAGACCCUCGAGGGGCCCGACUGGGCCGCCAACCUCGAAAUCUGCGACCUGAUCAACACCGAGAAGGUGAACAGCGUCGACCUCAUCCGCGGGAUCAAGAAGCGGAUCAUGCUCAAGGAGGCCAGGGUUCAGUUCCUCGCCCUCUUCCUCCUCGAGACCAUCGUCAAGAACUGCGAGAAGGCCUUCUCCGAGGUUGCGGCCGAGAGGAUUCUCGAUGAGAUGGUCAGGCUGAUUGAUGACCCCCAGACGGUGGUCAAUAACAGGAACAAGGCCCUCACGCUCAUUGAAGCAUGGGGAGAAUCUGGUGAUGAGCUCCGCUACUUGCCGGUCUAUGAGCAAACCUACAAGAGCCUGAAAUCAAGAGGAAUUCGGUUUCCUGGACGUGACAAUGAGAGCCUGGCCCCCAUAUUUACUCCACCACGCUCUGUUGCUGAAGCUGAAGUUGCUGCAAAUUUCUCCCAGCAGAUAUUCGAAGAUGUACAUGUGCAUACAUAUACUGCUGAAGAAACAAAGGAAGCUUUCGAUGUGGCCCGUAACAGCAUGGAACUUCUUUCAACUGUUCUUUCAUCCUCCCCUCAGCAGGAUGCUUUGCAGGAUGACUUAACAACCACUCUUGUGCAACAAUGCUACCAAUCUCAACAUACUAUCCAGAGAUUCAUCGAGACGGCUGGGGACAAUGAGGCCUUGCUCUUCGAGGCCUUGAGUGUGAAUGAUGAAGUCCUGAAAGUGCUAUCCAAAUACGAAGAGAUGAAGAAGCCCAUGGCUUCGGCGCGUACAGAACAGCCAGUGGUCAUACCAAUUGCCACGGAGCAUGAAGAUUCCGUGACUGUUGGCCAUGAGGAUGCCCUGGUCAGAAAACCAGCUGCUGCUAGAGCAAUGUCAGGCGGCGAUGAUGAUAUCCUCGAUGAUCUCGAUGAGAUGAUAUUUGGCAAGAAGGGAGGAAGCAGUUCCCAGGACGUGUCCAAAAGGCAGGACCCAAAGAAGGAUGACCUAAUCAACUUCUAA